AAAGAAACAGAAAACGAAGCAAGUUUGUAAAUACGGGCUACCAUGAAGAUCGCCCAAGUAUUGUUCAUUGCCAUUUAUCUCACGGCAGCAACUCGUGCCCAGGAAGGUGCUUCUGCGGCCGUCGAGGUUGACGCCCAUGGCAACACGAUGCCAACCGAGUCGAGCGAGCCCGUCUUGACAGUCGCGGCCUGUGACGCCAGGAUUGUCCAAGCAAUGGAAGCUGGGCGAGCCGACGCGCACUCUUUGCAGGAACAAGCAACGACCUUGCAGCAGGAAAUUCAGGAGGCGGCGGAAGACCGACAAAAGUUGCUGGAAGAGAUGGAGCAGUUGCGCAAAUCGUUGGCGGUGGCCCGCGCCGAUAUGGAGAAGUUUCAAAUGGCGGCUGCUCACCAGGAAACGCAGACAAGAGAUGCCGCACGAGCUUUGAAAGAUUCGAAUGGGCAGGCCUCCUCAGCAAUUGCCAAAGUCGAAGUUUUGGAGAAGCAAUUGGCCGAAGCCAAGGAAGAAAUCGAAAGGCUUUCGUCGAUUACUUUAGCCAAGCAGAUACAGAAAGAACUCAUGAAUAUGUGGCAGUCAAUCCUGACCAUGUAUAACAAGUUGCUGAAGAAAUCUGACGCUUAAAUCGGUAGAUAUAGCCGUGUUGAUAGAAAAGCGUAUUUUGUUGGACCGGGGUAGAUUGUUCCGGG